AAACAAUAUUUUUCAGUUUAUUCACACAAAAACUUAUUUUUUUAGUACAAUAUUAAUAAAAGAAUAAUGACAUCAAAUUCCAGUUCUAAAAGUUUUAACAAGUUAACCACUAAAGGCCGGCGGAUUAUUCAACACGAACAAUUUGAGUUCAUAUUUAAAAGACACAACAUUUUCUACGAUACAUAUAAAUGCAGAUCUUUCCACAAAGAAAAAUGCCCUGCAUUUAUAAACGUUUUUAAAAAUGGAAGAAUAGACAAAGGAGCCGAGCAUAAUCACGAUAGCCCUAGCAUGGAUAAUGCGGUGGUUGAAGAAGCAAUAAAUAAAAUGAAAAAUGGUAUUAUACUUUCGUCGACCACCACAAGUUCUGUGAUUAGGGAUGUGAUAUUUGAAAUGCCGUUAGAGGAGAUGUCUCGUCUUCCGUCAGAAGAAAGUUUAAAACAAACUCUAAGGCGGCACUUCAACAAAUAUUAUAAAAAAAAUUCUUCCGGCAUGCCUGAAGAUCUCGUAGAACAUAUGUUGUAUGAUUCAGGUAUGUCAGAAGAAAACAGGGUACUUAUUUUUGGACAUAAAGAGAUGGGUGCCGCCUUAGAGUCAUCCGAUAUUUGGAUGGCUGAAGGGAUUUAUACUGCUACACCUACACCGUUUUACCAGUUGUAUGUGCUGCACUUUGUAAAAAAUGGUGCAGCACAUGCGGCAGUUUUCGGCCUGCUAACUGGUAAGACGGUUGAAAUGUACACCAAAUUUCUUCAAGUAACAAAAGAAAAAUUUAACAUUAGUAAUAGAAGUCGGGUUGUAUUAGUAAAUUUCGAGAGCGCGGCAAUCAAUGCUUUUCAAGCCGUUUUCCCAGAAAGCCGAUUACUGGGUUGCUUUUUCCAUUUUAAACAAGCAAUUAUAAAAUCUCUUCAAAGAUACGCUUUGAAAACAAAAUACGAAAAAGACCCUCAAUUUCGCAAAAACAUUAAAUUGUUCUUUGCAUUAUCAAUGCUGCCUCUAGAUGACGUCAAAAAGGGAUAUGAGGCAGUUUCCAAAGAAAUUGCAGGGCAAGUUGCCUGCAAAAGGUUCGUAAAGUAUUUUCAUGAAACGUUUAUGUCUGGUGGUCUUUUUCCUCCAAGUUUUUGGAAUCAUAGACAAUCAGUUUUAGAAGGAAUUCCAAAAGCUACAAAUUUCAUUGAAGGGUGGCAUAAUGGAUUAACUUAUAGUUUUGGUUUGCGAAAGCGGCCUCUUUUUCAAUUCCUAGUGACCCUGCACAAAGAAAUGGAGUAUACGCGAACAAAAUUCCAUAAUCCAUCACCACCUUCAAAUAAGAAAAAGCUCAUUUUAGCAAAAAAGCUGAAAAAAAUGAUCCAAGCUUAUGAUCCCCAAACCUCCAAUACAAUGUUUUUUCUUAAAGCUGUCACCUACGUUGUUUAAUUAAUCCCUUUUUACUUAAUUCCCAUUGCUUGUAAUUCACUUAUUUUCCAUUUUCAUCCAGUAAACGGUUCGCUGCUCUCGAAAUUUAUUAAUAUAGUCCGUAAGUAAGUAAGCCAGUUUCAAGCUUGUGAAUAUUUUUUAUUGUAUAGUAUGUAGUUAGUUUUA